AUGAAGGCAUCUCAUUUCAUUCUCGCAGUGCUGCCGCUCAUCAAUGCCCAGUAUGGGAAUGCUGGUAAGACAACUAGCGCAUCUUCGACCGCAGCAUCGGCACCAAGCACUAUCCACAAAGUUGAUGUCGGCGAAGAUGGUUUUACAUUCGAUCCAGACACCUUGAAUAUUCCACCAGGGGAGUCAGUUGAAUUUCAUUUCUACCCGCAGAACCAUUCAGUGGCUCAGGCUUCCUUCGACAAUCCCUGCCACCCCGCCAAUUCCACCAGCUUCUCCAGUGGAUUUCUUCCUACCACACAAGAGUCUAAAACCGUCUUCACUGUGACUAUCAAUGACACAAGGCCGAUUUGGUACUACUGUGGUCAGGUUGGCCACUGCCAAGCUGGCAUGGUAGGCGUCAUCAACCCACCGUAA